AUGGAGUCAGAAUCGCCUAUAAAGGAGAUCAAUAUAAAUCAUAACAUUGAUAAUGAAAAUAAUACAGUUUAGAAUAACAAUGAAGAAAAGGAAUUCAAUCCAAAAAUAGAGAAAAGAAAUUCUUCAAGGAAUAAUUCAAGAAAAUCAUCAAAAAAGAGUACAUAUAAAGCUAUGCUUAGGGAAUAAAAGCUAGGUAAUAUGAGAAGCUCACAAUCAUUAAAAAAUGAAGCUAUAGAUCAUUACUAACCAGAAUCUUGCAAAGAUAAAAUAUAAAGCUUUGUCACUUCCACUCCAUUCUCUAUUGUUAUGGCAAUCAUUACUUUGUAUGCAUUAUUCGCUGAUGAUAUUAGAGUAGCUGCAACAACAAAAGAUGCUGAUCCUUAUUUUUGGGGAGCAAGUGCUUUUUGUUUAGCAGCUUUCUCACUAGAAAUUAUCCUUCAAUCUAUUUCUACUCCUGGAUAUUUUUUGGGUUUCUUCUUUUGGCUAGAUUUCUUAUCUACAGUGUCAUUAAUUUUGGACAUUGGAUGGAUCUCAAAUCUGAUAUUCCAGACAGGAAAAGGUAAAGGAGGAAGUGUUGCAUCUCUUGCAAAAGCAAGUAGAGCAUCUCGUGUAGGAACAAGAGCAGGUAGAAUAGUUAGAGUUGUACGUCUUAUUCGACUGGUUAGGCUAUAUAAGCAUGCAUAGCAAGCUUUAUAAAAGCAAGCUAAAAAAUUCGAGGAAGAAUAAAGAUAAUUAAUGGAAGAAUAAAAAAGAAUGCAACAAGAUUAAAAAUCAGAGUCGUUUGAUAGCAUAAAUGAUCCCUAAUACUAAAGAAAUGGGACAGGAAAUUUCAAAAAAGGUAAUAGCAUAAGAAGCAAAACACCUUAAAUUACAAUGCUCCAAUAAAACGGAUUUACAGCUGCAAUGAACCCUGCAUUAAAUGGAACAUAAGAAAAUGGUUAGGACUAGCAAAAUGAUUAAAUGCGCACUUCUCAAAAUAAAGGAGAAAAAGGGAAAAUGCAGACUUUUUUAUAGAGAUAAGGAUUAGAUGACCAGACAAAUGAAAUAAUUCCUCUAAAUAAAAACAGAGUCACUCCAUAUGAUGUUAAUUCUAAAGCAAAAAGCAAUCACUCUGAAAAUAAUUUGGUGAAAUCAGAUAUGUUAGAAGAUUAACCACAAGAAAGAAACCAAAAGAGGCACCUUUCUUCAAAUAGAGAUAGAAAUUCAAGCUAUUCUAAAUCCCAAUCACUCAAUUAGAGUAGCAAUAAUAAUGUUAGCUAGAGUUCAGCAACUAAAGCAUCAAAACUUGCAAAUUAAGAAACAAAAGUCGGAAAAGCUUUAUCUGAUGUGACAAUAAAAAGGGUUAUAGUUAUAGUUCUAUGUAUUAUGUUUAGCAUUCCUAUUUUUACCUACGAUACUUAUACAGAUCCUGCAACUUCAUAUUAAGGUGGUCUGUCUUUAAUUUAUUAAAACAAACCAAGUCCAAUUGUUUAUCAAAACAGUAUUAGUCUCUAUACAAGCUUUAAUUAUAAUUAGUUCACACCUAUGAUUAGGCUUGAUAUCGAUGGAAUUAAAAUCUUCCCAGGAAUUAAUGAUACAGACGUCCCUGAUUUUACAACUCUUAGAGAUGCAGACCUAACGUAUUAUACAUAUUCAGAUGCAAAUGGUAAUAUAGUUGCGACUUCAAUAGUUAGUUCUUAGAAAUCAAAUCAGAUCGAUGCUGGUCUUUCUAUAUGUAGAACAGUAUUUGUAGCAGUUGUCUUAACAAUUGCUUCAAUUAAAUUUACAGGAGAUGUCGAAAAGUUUAUUCUUGAUCCAAUAGAAAAUAUGCUUUAAAAAGUUAAAAGAAUUUCUUAAAAUCCACUUGAAGCAGCUCAGAUGGAAGAAAAGGAGUAAUUUGCUAUUGAAUAACUUGAAUAAGAUGGUAAUGUAGAAGAGCUUAAAAGAAUCAAAGAGACUGAAGGUUAUGAAACAACAGUUUUAGAAAAAUUGAUCAUAAGAAUCGGAGCACUCUUAGCUGUUGGUUUCGGAGAAGCUGGAUCUGAAAUCAUAGCAAAAAAUAUGAAUAACAACGGAACAGUUGAUCCUAUGUUGCCUGGACUUAAAAUUAUGGCCGUUUUCGGUUUUUGUGAUAUCAGAAAUUUUACAGAUGCAACAGAAGUAUUAUAAUAAGGAGUCAUGCUUUUUGUUAACGAGAUAGCUUAAAUAGUGCAUUAAACUGUUGAUCAAAAUCUAGGCUCGGCAAAUAAAAAUAUAGGUGACGCUUUCCUACUAGUGUGGAAAUUUAGAGAAUAAGAUUAUUUAAAAAACGCAGAUGGUACUAUGGAAUUCUUAAAAAAUGAUAUUACAUCUAAUUAUGCUGAUUCCUCUGUAAUAGCUUUCGUUAAAAUCAUGGCAGCCAUUACUUUAUCAAAAAAAUUAAGAAAAUACAAGCACCAUCCAGGUCUCUAAAAAAGAUUGAAAGGAUACAAAGUAAAGAUGGGAUUCGGACUUCACUUUGGUUGGGCAAUUGAAGGUGCAAUAGGAUCAGAUUAUAAAAUUGAUGCUUCUUAUUUAAGUCCAAAUGUUAAUAUUGCUUCUAGAUUAGAAGCUGCUACUAAAUAAUUUGGUACAGGACUAUUAAUUAGUGGUAAUUUAAGAGACAUUUUAUCUGAAAAACUCUAAAAGUAACUAAGAAAGAUAGAUUGUGUCACAGUUAAGGGUUCUAUCGUUCCAUUAGAAUUAUAUACAUGUGAUGUUAAUCUUGAUAGACUCUAUGAAAAGAGAAAAGGGAAGGAUCCUUUUGACUUCUCCUAUUUUACUCCAUCCAUGCUAAGAAAGAAAAAAGUCAUAGACAAAAUGAAAAGAAACGCAUUAAAAUCAUAGAUUUUAAAGGGAACCCAAAAACCUUCAGACUUAUUUGACAAAGAUCAUGAUAUUAUAGAAAUGAGAAAGGAGUAUACCUAAGAAUUUUAUCAAGCAUGGGAAGAAGCAUAUAAAUGUUAUCAUGACGGAAAAUGGGUUGAGGCUGCUUCACUCCUUAAAAAAACUUUAGUUUGGUUCUAAUUUAGAUAAGACGGUCCAAGCCAAACUCUUUAUGAACAUAUAAAAGAAUCUACUUUCAUAGCUCCUAAAGAUUGGAAAGGAUUCAGAAUUUUGACAGAAAAAUGA